ACGGCUAUUUGCUUGAACUUUACCCGUUGGCCGUUGCCGCCCUCCUUUUGUUUAAAUGUUGCUAAGGGCCAGUUGAUUUUCUCCACUGAAUAUGUUGACACGAAGGGAAAAUCUUCUUAUUCGGCCCUGGCAAGAAAGGAGAUACAUCCAGCACAGGCAGAAGGUAAAAUCGGCUCUUCCUGCGAUCGAUACGACACCACCUCCAUUCCGGGAACACGUAUCAUGCAAAUUGAAAAAAAUACAGAAAGAAUCAGAGAGGUGUACGCAAAUAAUUUCGGACAAUUUCACACUCCUCCAGCACCUGUCGAACAUAAUGAUCACUACGAGGGUUGAUCACUUUUGGGAAGAACCGCCACCGAAUUUUUUGCAGCGUGUUGGCAUUUACACGUCGGUCAUGGACACAUUGCCAGAGAUUGCGGUAGAUGAGGAAGAUCAUACGGACAAAAAGACGAGGAAGGACAAGUGUUUUGCCUGCAGCCCAGAAAGAAACAAAAUCAAGACAUCACCUGAAGAAAGGAUGCCUUUCAGUCCUCCGAAACCAAGGUUGACAAAGAGAGCAGAAUCACCUCCAGACUGGGAAUCACAAUAUGUAUCAAGGUGUGCAGUUGAUAAACCUGAAUUUCGUGGCCAGAUGUGGAAAAAGCCGUUGAAAUCGAAGCCAGUGUCCAAAAGAAAGAAGACUCCCAAAGGAAACAUUGAAAAUAUUCUAAAGGAAGAAACACAAAGCAUUGUCUUGUCAAGAGGAGGUCUGAGCCUCUCGGUCAAGUUUCCUCCUCAUACAGGAAUUGUGUUCAAUGACAAUUCUAAGCCCAAAGUUAUUCAGAAAGAUUUCUGCGAAUGCAAAUCUUUCCCAAAGGUCAAACAUAAGUCAAAAUCGUAGCAUUCUUGUUUUGUACUUGUUUUGUAACUAAUGUAGAAAUAAACUAACAAUUAAAUUAUCAA